CUAGAAAGGGCGAGCACACAGUAUAGUUUAGUGUCUACUCGCUCUUAAACCUCCUCGCUUCGGUUUUUUUAGGGUUUCACGAUUCUGGGGGACAUCGCGGUUCUCUGUUCGGUCGAUUGCUAUGUACGAUUUGCGAAUCGAAGGAAUCAGGUUCAGGUUUUGAAAAGUGUGAUUAUAAGGAGUUUGAAUUUUCAGUUUUGGGGUAUGGCAUCGUAAGUAUUUAACUGGAGGUAGUGGUACUUUCAGUUUAUUGGCUUCCACCAUGAUUGCUGCUGAAACUGUACUAGCAAAGGGGAAGCUGAGGAUCAAAUUUUCUUCGAAAACAAUAGAAACUGUUUCUGGAACAAGGUCCUGUGAGGAUGGGCAAAAUUUGUCACGUAUAGAUGGAGGGGAUAAGUGCUGUAACUAUGGGAGCAAUCAAUCCAAGAUGAUUAAAUCACACAGUGCUGUGAUUUGUUCCUCGGUGAAAAAGAAUUUUGGUGGUGACCUACCUGAGCUGAAAUCUAAUAUAAUGGCUGCUAAAAAGCGUGGACUGCCCGGGGAAACCGAGUGUCAGAGGGAGAAGAAACAGAAGAUGGAUCGUGCUGUGACUCAGCAAUGUGCUGCCAUUCUGAAAGCUUUGAUGAGGCAUCCAGCUGGUUGGGUUUUCAAUGAAGCGGUGGAUCCGGUGGCAUUGGAGAUUCCUGAUUAUUUCUCGAUCAUAUCCAAACCCAUGGAUUUGGGAACAGUUAAAUCGAAACUGGAUAAAAACAUGUACUUUGGCAUUGAUGAGUUUGCUGCUGAUGUAAGAUUGACCUUCUCUAAUGCAAUGCAUUAUAAUCCUCCCUCGAAUAAUGUCCACAAAAUGGCAGAGACGCUGAAGAAUAUUUUUGAGCUCAAGUGGAAAUCUGUUGAGGACAGAUGGAACUGUAAAAGACCGAAGUUUGGACUGGGAAAUGUUUUGAGUGGUCAUGCGAAGGAAGUUUCUGAGGCAAGACAAAAUUGCCCUGAAACAUCUCAUUUGAGUAGCAGUUUAUCAGCCGAUACGCCUAAGUCAGCUGAAGGGAAGACAAUUGGAAAAUGUGAUGCAAAAUCUGCAAAAGUGAAGCUUGCUAAGGUAGGUCAGAACAGCAAUCGCAAGCCGGUAGAAGAGAAUGUUUGUGAAGGCAAUGACACUGUUAGUAGACGUCCUUGUGGCUUUGCCAAUGCCAAGCCAUCAAUGAGCCUUGUUGUGUGCAAAUGUUGCACUAUGGGGAGAAAUACUUGUAGAUGUAGCCUUUCUGGUGACUCAGCUCGUGCAUCCUCAGGUGACAUUUCAUCUGAAAUAUCAGUAGGAGGAGAUCAUCGUUCAAGCAAUGCUGAUAUUUCCAAAAUGGAUUGGCAGGCAAAAAAGACAUCAACAUCACAUACAAGCAAGUCAGAUGGAACUUCUGAUGGGGCUGUGAGUUCUAUUGAAGAUGAGAGUUUAUGUCCUAGUUCUCAACUUACUAUUUCUACCACUGAUGCAACGUCUGUGGAAGGAUGGGGAACUUCUGUAUAUGAUUUAGAGUUAUCACCGAAGAGGGCUCUUCGUGCUGCAAUGCUCAGGAGUCGUUUUGCAGACACUAUCGUGAAAGCGCAACAGAAGACCCUCCUUGAUCAGGGUGAUAAGGCUGAUCCAGUGAAGUUGCGGCAAGAGAAGGAAAAACUGGAAAAGAAGCAGCGUGAAGAGAAAGCUAGGAUUGAAGCCCAAAUUAGGGCCUCUGAGGCUGCUGCUCGAGAAAGGCUAGAAGCAGAACUGAAAAAACAGAGGGAGCAAGCUAGGGAAGCAGCUCGGGUUGCAGUUCUGCAGAUGGAAACAACGGUUGAAAUGGAUCAGAAUGUGUUGAUUGAAAGAGAACUCGAGACGCUUUGCGGAUGUUCGCUAUUCGAAUAUGCCCGUGUUGGGAACCCAUUAGAGCGAUUGGGUUUGUUUCUGAAGGAAGAUAUCAUGAUGGAUGAGGAGCAAAUCUUGAAUCCUGAAGAGGAAGGAGAGAUUUUUCCUGAAAUGUUGUGAGGUCUGAUUUAUCUCUUCUACUCAGUACUUUUCUUCUGUAAUAUAGUUGUGGUGGUAGGAAAAGUAGUUGUACGUCAGUUGUAAAUGAACUGCAUUAUGAACCACAUUUUUUUGCAGGGAUUUGGAGGAUUUUGUAAUUAUUCAUUAGUUAAAACUUAAAAGUAGAGUAUAAAGACAGCUAUUGAUCCUGUAUUCUUGUGGCUUUGAAGAGUGAAUGGGCAAUUGUAUGCAUUUACUGAUA